CCUCUUCCGAAGCUCAUUGGAGGACGCGGGAACGCGCAACAGAAGGCAGAAGCCCGCACUUGAGGCUCACGGGGCCUCUGGGCAGGCGGAGCUGGGAGGCCGUCUCCCGCCUAUGGGUGGGCGGGGACGCUGGGCUUGGGGCUCCUCCCCGUGCGCCGACUGGGCGGGCUCGCUUCCCGGCGGUCGUUUUGGGCCUCCCUUUUUCUUCCGACACGCAGCGCAGCGGCAGCAUCACCACCACCACCACCACCCCUUUUCCUCCCUAAGUUGCCCGGCGCCAGUGUCGUCCCCUCUCCCGGGCUUGCCUGCCCGCCAGCCCUGAGGCCUGGCCGGCGCGGAGGGCAGAAGGAAGGAAGCGGGCUGUCGUGUGUGUGGUGAGGGCCGGAGCGGCCGGCGGGGAGAUGAACACCGUGCUGACCCGCGCCAACUCGCUCUUCGCCUUCUCGCUGAGCGUGAUGGCGGCGCUCACCUUCGGCUGCUUCAUCACCACCGCUUUCAAGGAGCGCACCGUGCCCGUCAGCAUCGCCGUCUCCCGUGUCAUGCUAAAAAAUGUAGAAGAUUUCACUGGACCUGGAGAAAGAAGUGACCUUGGAAUCAUUACUUUUGACAUUAUUGCAGAUCUGAAUAGUAUAUUUGACUGGAAUGUUAAACAGUUAUUUCUGUAUUUAUCGGCGGAAUACUCAACAAAGAACAAUGCUUUGAACCAGGUAGUUCUCUGGGAUAAGAUCAUUUUGAGAGGAGAUAAUCCCAAACUGCUGUUAAAAGACAUGAAAUCAAAAUAUUUUUUCUUUGAUGAUGGAAAUGGUCUCAAGGGCAACAGAAAUGUCACUCUGACGCUCUCGUGGAAUGUUGUACCAAAUGCAGGCAUCCUACCUCUUGUGACAGGAGCGGGACAUGUAUCUGUUCCAUUCCCAGAUACUUACAAAAUUGCAAAAAGCUAUUAAAUUAUUAUGCUGAA